CAUGUACCCAAGUACCUAAGGCAACAUGUAGCAUCAAAGCAUAAGGUUAACUUCCAAUUAUUUACCAACUUUUGUAACUUCUGCAACUUUUGCAUCAUGACCUCUCGUUUCACAUCCCAAAAUAAAACCACACAACAGCGUCUGUCAACCCAUACCGUUGGCUUAGUCGCUCUGUCCGACUUCCGCAAACGACGCGCCGAAGUCAUCGAGCAGCAGGAGCGCGAGGCACGAGAUGCCAUCGCUACUGGUACACCUCUAGAGACACCUGAACGUUCGCGCACCGGCACCCCAGACGACAACACCGACAUCUCGAAUCCCCGAAAGAAAAAGAAGAAGGAGAAGAAGGUCGCCAAAGGACGUGGCACUAAGCUCUCAUUUGCCGAUGACGAUGAUGAGAAUGAAGGCGACGAGAAUAGUGGCCGAGGAGGAGACGAGCCUAAAGAUGGGGAAGAGUCCGGAGAGAAGAAACUCAAAUUCAAGGCCAACUCAUCAGUAUCUGUUGUUCCGCGCGCGGUGACUAAAGCUGCUCUCCGUCGUGAAGCGGCUGAAAGAGAAACCUUACGGCGAGAGUUUUUAAUGCGACAGGAGGCUGUAAAACUGACCGAGAUUGCGAUACCAUUUGUGUUCUACGAUGGGACUGAUAUCCCGGGAGGCGUUGUACGCGUUAAGAAGGGUGACUUCAUAUGGGUAUUCCUGGAUAAGAGCAGAAAGGUUGGCGCUGACCUCGGCGUUGGUGAAAAGGCCAAUGCCAGGAGAGAAUGGGCACGUGUUGGAGUUGACGAUCUUAUGAUGGUUCGAGGGAACAUUAUUGUCCCCCACCACUACGACUUCCUCUUCUUCAUCAUGAACAAAACUGCUGGUCCCACUGACAAGCUCCUCUUCGACUAUGUGUCCGAAGUCUCGGAGUCAGCACUUCCUAAGCGUCCCGCAGAUGAACAAGCCGCUAAGUCGGCCAACACGCAGCCGGUAGUAAGUAGUCUGGAGGGGGCUUCAGACGACCCAACCUUCACUAAGGUUGUCGACCGGAGAUGGUAUGAGCGGAAUAAACACAUCUAUCCCGCCAGUGUCUGGCAGGAGUUCGACCCGGAGAAGGACUAUCAGAAGGAAGUAAGGCGCGACCUCGGCGGAAACGCUUUCUUUUAUUCCUGAGUAUAGCGCAAGCGUUGCUAACUGAUUGGUGACUUGAUUCCACUUCUCUCUGCGCGGUGCUUUGGGUCAAGGCUGAGGUGUAUUUC